UCACAUCUUCUAGCCCUAAAUCUCCUCUUAUCUCUCCUACCCAUUAACCCCUCCUCCUCAAGAAACCCCCCCCCCCCCCCCCCCAACAAACACAUUAAAGGUGAAAACUUUAUCUUUUUUCUUGAAAUCCAUUCUUCAAUUCUUGAUUUUUGCAAUAUUUACAAAUAUGGCGAUUGCAUACCCACAUUUCUUUGUUUCUGAAAAGUCCAAGAAUUUGAAGCAGCAGCCAUCAUUGAUGGUUUCUUCUACCCCAUCAUCACCACCUGUCAUUUUAUCCCAAGAUGAGCUGAAAAAAAUUGCUGCAUAUAAAGCUGUAGAAUUUGUUGAGUCAGGUAUGGUUGUGGGUCUUGGUACAGGUUCCACAGCUAAACAUGCUGUGGCAAGAAUAGGUGAAUUAUUAAAGCUAGGGAAAUUAAAGAACAUUGUAGGAAUACCCACAUCAACAAUUACCCAUGAACAAGCUGUUUCAUUGGGAAUACCUUUGUCUGAUUUAAAUACACAUUCAAUUCUUGAUUUAGCAAUUGAUGGUGCUGAUGAAGUUGACCGAGAAAUGAAUUUGGUUAAAGGGAGAGGAGGGUCAUUGCUUAGGGAGAAAAUGGUAGAAGCUGCUUGUAAGAAAUUUAUAGUUAUUGUUGAUGAGUCAAAGUUGGUGAGUCAUUUGGGUGGAAGUGGUCUUGCUAUGCCUGUUGAGAUUGUGCCCUUUUGUUGGGAAUUUACUUUGAAAAGGUUGGAGAUGUUGUUUAUUGAAGCUGGUUGUGUUGGGAAGCUGAGGAGGACAAUUGGGGGUGAGCCUUAUGUUACUGAUAAUGGGAAUUAUAUUAUUGAUUUGUAUUUCAAGAGUGAUAUGGGUGAUUUAAAGGCUGCAAGUGAUGCAAUUUUGAGGCUUGCUGGUGUGGUUGAGCAUGGCAUGUUUCUUGAUAUGGCGACGACCGUGAUUGUGGCUGGGAAACUUGGUGUCUCAGUUACUAAUAAGUAGGAUUAUAUGUUCUUUUAGGAACCUUAGUUUUCUGUUUCCUUAGAUAUUAGGAUAUGUUGGGGUUAUUGAUAUUGUACCAAUCCAAUUGGGGAGGUCUUGCUGAACUAUUUAUGUAGCAAGGACAAUUUAGGUGGUGCAUUUGCAACAACUUAGAUAUUGAAUUAUUUGGGGGGAAUUUGCCUCUAAUUUUACAAUCUUUGAGUUGGUGACAUUUGUUAAAGAAUGGAAAGUUUCAUGCUAUUCACUACUUAUUGUAUGAGUGUCAUUUUUUUGUGACUUGCAUUUGCUCGAGUAUGCUUACAGUUUUGGGGUUCA